GCAGGGGGUCGUCCGCUGCCAGCUCGGACGGACGACAGCCUUCCAGGCCGCGCCCGCGCAGGCGAUGCGGCGGCGCCGCCACGCCGUCGGGGCGAGGCGGGGGGCAGCGUAGCGGCAGGGGCCCGCCCGGGGCGCCCGGCGCCUCCACGCCGCCGGCGCGCCGAGGGGGAAAGUGAAUGGCCCGCCCCAUCUCCGCGUCUCUCCCUGGGCGCUCCGCCGAUCCAUGUCGGUGGGCGCCACCACCGUCUGCAUUCAGGGCUUCCCCGCGGAUGCCUCGACCAGGGAGCUGAAGAACCUCUGCCGCUUCAUGGGCGGCUUCGUGCACGCGCACGUCGCCUUCGCGGCGGCGGGGCCAGGGGCCCUGCCCUCGGCCCUGUUCUGCAAGUUCGAGGCGCCCGAGGCGGCAGUGGCCGCCAUCGAAGUCGUGGGCGGGCAGCCCUACGACGUGGACGCGCCGGGCAACGUGCUGAAGGCGGAGUUCGCUCGCCGCGAGCUCGAGGUGCGCCCGGGGUCGCGGCUGCCUGCCCCAGUGGGCGCCGCCGGGCGUCCAGUGGCGCGACCGGCGCCGCGCGCGCCGCACGCGGCGCCGCACGCGGCGACGCACGCGGCGGCGGCUGGCAUUGGGCGCGUGGGGAGCACGGGAGGAGAGCUGGUGACGCUCGCGGUCCUGGGCCUGACGGACAGGGGCCGCCGCCCGGAGGAGGUACAGGACUGGUUCAGAGGGCUGCCCGGAUUUGUUACUCUGCAGCCCAACGAGCGGCUCGGCGGCUUCUUCGUUAAGUUCGACUCGCAGCCCGCUGCCGAGAGGGCGCUGCAGGAGGCCAACUCGCUGCAGUACGGAGCCGAGUGGGCGCGGCGCAACCUGGACGACGACAGGGGCGUAGCAGUCCCACAGGUAACGGUUGCACCGAUAGUGCACGGACCACCCGCGAUGGUCCCUGUGGGGACGGCUCAGAGGAGAUACACCGCCUCGGGCGAGGAGCUGAUGACCCUGGCCGUGCUGGGCCUCAGGGACAGGGGCCUGGACGUGGACGAGGUGCAGCAAUGGUUCCUGAACCGCCCCGGCUAUGUCAACCUCCAGUGGAACGACAGGAUCGGUGGGAUCUUCGUGAGGUUCUCGUCCUUCGUCGACGCCGACCGUGCCCUCCACGACGCGGGGGCCCGGGGCUAUGGGGCGGAGUGGGCGCGGCGGAAUCUGGACGACGACAGGGGGGCCGCGACUGCUUGGCCCCCGGCGCGCUUCCCCGCGCAGCCGCAGGCUUACGGCGCGCAGCAGGCGCACAGGACGCUGCAGGCCCACGGCGCACCGCAGGCCUACGGGGCUCCCUCGUUCCACGGCGCCGCGCCGUACCAGCAGGGCGGGCCGCCGCCGAAGCGGCCGCGCGGCAUCGUUGGUGAGCUUGCCACGAUAGCCGUCCUGGGCUUCAACGUGAAGCAGGGCAGCUUCCCCGACAGCCUGCAGGACUAUCUGGUGGCCUCUCUGGCGUUUCCUCGCCGCCGUGCCCUCGGGGCCUCCACGGGGUCUCUCCACGGGGCAGCUGGCACGCGAGCGCACGCACACGCGCAUACCAGAAGUGCACAGAAACGCCCAGAUGGGCGUAUGAGUUCCGGCAAGUCAGGGGUCUAGGUCUUCACCAUCAUCCGACUCUUCAAAUUGUAUUGGCCUUGGGCACUCCACGACGCGCCCUGGGCACGGAGGUGGAUUUCAGGAGUAAGGUCGGCUUCGUGGCCCUGCAGAUGAACGACCGUGUCGACGGGCUCUUCGUGAAGUUCGCUACCGCUGCUUUGGCGGAGCAGGCCAUGAGUGAGGCCAAUGCCAUCAAUCUGGGCGCGGAAUGGGCUCGGCGCAACCUCGACCUGUGAGCUUGGAUCGUUUACAAGGGUGCACUUA